UCCGGUUUUCCGGGCUGCGGCGGGACUCCAUUUCCCGGCGUGCCGCCGCGCGCCCUUCCGGCCCGCCGCUGUCCCUCAGGCCGUCCGUCGCGCUGCCCGAGUCUGCCUGGCGCCUGCCCGCCGCGAGAGCGAGACCGGAAGGCAGCCGGAGCCGGAGGGAGCCCCCACCCCGCCUGCCCCCGCGGGCCCAUCCAUGCGGCCCCCUCGAAGACCAUGGGGUCCCGCAUCAAGCAGAACCCGGACACCACAUUCGAAGUCUACGUCGAAGUGACUUACCCGUCGGGCACAGAUCCUGAGGUGCGGAGGCAAUUCCCGGAGGACUACAGUGACCAGGAAAUUCUACAGACUCUGACCAGGUUCUGCUUCCCGUUCCGUGUGGACAGCCUUACAGUGAGCCAAGUUGGCCAGAACUUCACUUUUGUGCUCACAGACAUUGACAGCAAGCAGAGGUUUGGGUUCUGCCGCUUAUCUUCUGGGGCCAAGACCUGCUUCUGCAUCUUAAGUUAUCUCCCGUGGUUUGAAGUCUUUUAUAAGCUACUCAACAUCUUGGCAGACUAUUCAGCAAAGAGCCAGGACAGCCAGCGGCAUGAACUCCUUGAAACCCUCCAUAAGCUGCCCGUCCCGGAGCCUGGCACAUCCGUGCAUCUCAGUGUGCACUCUUACUUCACUGUCCCUGACAUCCACGAACUUCCCAGCAUACCUGAGAAUAGAAAUCUGACCGAGUAUUUUGUUGCAGUGGAUGUGAACAACAUGCUUCACCUCUACGCCAGCAUGCUGUACGAACGCCGCGUCCUCAUUUGCUGCAGCAAACUCAGCACUUUAACGGCCUGCGUCCACGGGUCCGCCGCGAUGCUGUACCCCAUGUUCUGGCAACACGUUUACAUCCCCGUCCUGCCCCCGCACCUCUUGGACUACUGCUGUGCGCCCAUGCCCUACCUCAUCGGAAUCCAUCUAAGCCUGAUGGAGAAAGUGAGAAGUAUGGCCCUAGAAGAUGUGGUCAUCCUGAACGUGGACUCCAACACGCUGGAAACGCCUUUUGAUGACCUGCAGAGCCUCCCCAGUGACGUGGUCUCCGCGCUGAAGAGCCGGCUGAAGAAGGUCUCCAUGGCCACUGGGGACGGUGUGGCCAGAGCGUUCCUGAAGGCCCAGGCGGCCUUCUUUGGAAGCUACCGAAGCGCCCUGAAGAUCGAACCCGAGGAGCCCAUCACCUUCUGCGAGGAGACCUUCAUCUCCCACCGCUCCGCCACCAUGCGGCAGUUCCUGCAGAACGCCAUCCAGCUGCAGCUCUUCAAGCAGUUCAUCGACGGCCGCCUCGAUCUUCUCAACUCUGGAGAAGGCUUCAGUGACGUCUUUGAGGAAGAGAUCAACAUGAGCGAAUAUGCCGGGAGCGACAAGUUGUACCACCAGUGGCUGUCGACGGUCCGGAAAGGCAGUGGGGCCAUCUUGAAUACCAUGAAGACCAAGGCCAACCCUGCCAUGAAGACCGUCUACAAGUUCGCAAAAGUUCAUGCAAAAAUGGGAAUAAAGGAGGUGAAAAACCGCUUGAAGCAAAAGGACAUUGCGGAGAACGGCUGCUCCACCGUGCCGGAGGACUCGCUGCCCCGGACGGCUCCUUCCCCCGGGCCAGAAAAGAGGGACCCCCGACUCCGGGAGGACAGGCGGCCCAUCACGGUCCACUUUGGGCAGGUCCGGCCCCCCAGGCCCCACGUCGCCAGGAGGCCCAAGAGCAACGUCACCCUCGAUGGCCGGAGGACGUCCGUCUCCAGCCCAGAGCACCUGGUCAAGCCCACGCGCCACUAUACGGUCUUCCUCUCAGAGGACUCUUCCGGCGACGAGUUUCCGCAGGAAGACGACCCUGUCUCGGCCUUCUCGGACAGCUUCCUCUUCUCUGCUCCCUUUGAAUGGCCUCAGCCCUACCGGACCCUGAAAGAGUCGGGAAGCGCAGAAGGAGAGGAAGGCGCCAGCCCGGAGAGGCCCCCGGGGCCCCCCACCCCAGACAGCCCCACGGAGACCAGCCUGCUGGAGAGCAUGUUCACCGGCCUGGAGGUGGAGCUGCAGCCCCCCCUCCUCAGCCAGGCCAAGAGCUUGGAAGACCUGAGGCUGCCCACGGAGGAGGAGGAGGAGGGGGGGGCCCAGCUGUGCACCUUUGACUACCAGAGGAUGGCCCCCGGCUUCCCGGAGAAGAGCUGGGCGGCUGCCCCAGGGAUGAAGCCCUCCCAGCCCUACAAGCCGCUGUGGGGCAUGGGCCAGGACGACAUGGCCAUCCCCACCAAGUCCUCGCAGAGCCCUCCGGAGAGGCCCUUGGCGCCGCUGGGGAAGGCCCCCCCCGUCCCGUCGAGGCCCCGCAGCAGAGACAGCCUCGCCCUGGAUCCCCCCGAGAAGGAGGCCGGGAGCUCGCCUGCCACGCCGGGCAGCAUCACCAUCCCCCGGCCGCAGGGCAGGAAGACGCCGGAGCUGGGCAUCGUGCCCCCGCCCCCCGCCCCCCGGCCCGGCAAGCCGCAGGCCCCGCCGGAGGCCGCCGCCCCCCCCAGCCUGGCAGGGCGUGGCGAGCGGGCCUCGGAGCUCCUGCAGGAGGCCUUUGCCGCCAGGACCCUUGCUGCUGCGGAGGCGGAGCCCAGGCCGCCCGCCCCCGGCUUGCCCGCCCGCCCGCCCCAGCUCCCGCCCAGCUCCGGCGGGGCGCCCGAGAUGCUGCAGCCAGUCCGGGUCCGCGUGGAGGGGGCCGGCAGCGACAGCGACUUCCUCCUCGCCCUCCUGGACCCCCUGAAAGCAGGGGGCGGCCCGGAGGCCUCCUUGCGGCCCAGCGCCAGCCGCCUCCUGGGCCCCGCCUCCCCAAGCCCCGCCCCCGGCUUCCCCUCCAUGGCAGGCGACCUCGCCCCGGCAGCCCCCUUGGGGGGGCGGCUGCUGGGCUACUCCCCCUCGGCAGGCCCCUUUGGACAGGUCUCCCUCAACCCCUUUGUGCCCGCGCCCCUGCCCUUGUCCCUGGCCCGGCCCCCCGGGAGCCCCUUUGCUGCCCCCCUGGGCCACGCCUACAGCUCCAGCUUCAUCACCUCCCCCUCCGGCUUCCACCUGCCCCAGAGGCCUCCCCCCAACCCCCUGGCGCUCUCCAUGCCCAACCUCUUUGCGCAGUCUCCCAUGGUGGCGGCAGGAGCGGCCGGCGCCAGCCUGAGCCGAGCCCCUCCCCAGAGCAGCGCCCCGCAGCCGGCCCGGCUGGGCGGCCCUUCCCGAAUGCGGACAUUGCCCCUGACCCAUUCUGCCUCCAAGCGGGAGGCCAGGGCCAGGCUGGCUGCCAGGCCCAGUGACCUGCCGCUGCCUCCCCCCCCGGCCAGCAGGGCCGAGCCCCCGGGGCUGCCCCCCUCCAAGCCGCCGGCCGCCCAGGACCCCUUUGAAGACUUGCUCAGCGAGACCAAGCAGGAGGUUUCCGUCGCGGCUGCGGGGAAGGUGCAGCAGCUGAGGAAGCAGUGGGAGACCUUCGAGUGAGCCCCGCCCGCCUCGUUCCUGUCCGUGGCGGCCUCCUGCGCCAGCCAAACCUGGCCGCGCGUUCCCUGGGCACUGCAGAGUGCCGGGUGCGGCUGGCAGGAGGCCCUAGUGGCUAGGCACUGUUACAAGGCAGGGGGGUCCCCACGGUCUGCCCGGAGCCACGCCCUGGGCUUUUGCCCUCCCAGCGGCUGAAUUGGGAGGCUGCUCCUCCGGCCCCCUUCUCGCCUCCCCACUCUCACGAGCCCCCCCACCACCCCACGCACAACCGGGAGGGGGUUCAGUCCUUCGCCCCGUGGUCAGUAUUGAGCUUUGCUUCUCCUGCAUCCUCACGGACAGAGAAUCACGUUUUGCGUUGCACCGGCACCUGCACCUGCGCCAGCCCUCGCCCCGGGCCGCCGCGGUCACCGCUGGGCUGGGGAACUGGGCUGGGGGGUGCGGUGGCUGCUUGUUUUGUUUGUGGUUUGCUUCUGGCGUGGCUGUGUUGCUGUGGGCACGUCAGUCCUCGGCUCUCUCCCCACCCGCUCAGCCCUUCACGGCCCAGAUCCAGUGGGGGUGCUGGGGCCAGCUUUCUCUCCCUCUCGGAGAAGGGCAGUCACCAGCAGCAGAGACUCCAGGCCCUCAGCACAGCCCCCCCCCCGGCCACGCUCUUCUGUCAUGGCGUCUCCAACCCAACCACUGUCCUCCCUCUCCCUCUCCCACUUCUUUGGCUUCCAAGAGGCAGUCGGGGGGGGGGGGAGUUGCGUCGGGCACCCCCUAGCGAGCCUGGCGCCAACGGGGAGCCCUGUUGGCAGAGGGGGCUGGGCUGGCCAGGCUGGCUUUUUCAGAGCAAAAGUCCAGGGUGGGAGGGGGGCUGCUCUUGGGCCGUUCAUAUGGGGGGGGCCUGCAGAAGCCAGCCAGACUCCCUCCCCCCUGGUUGCCCCCUCUGAGCAGCUCCUUCCGGGCUGCUCUGGGGGCAGAGGACACGCCUACCACAAGCCGGGUUAGCGCCACAGACCUUGCUCGGGGGGGGAGGUUAAAAACACAGCCCGACUGGGCGCCCUGUGAGCCUGUACCGACCCCACCCCACCGUUCUAGCCACGGGGCAGCGCCUUGGGGGCUGCCACCGCCCCACACACAGCCCCAUGGGGAGCAGGUCCUUGUUCCCUUUCCCCCCCCCCGUUCCCUCCCUGCUGCUGCUGCUGCUGAAGUGUCUUUGGGGGCUGCUGUCUCCAUGCUUGAGCCUGUACAGGGCAAGGGCCCCUUUGGGGUUCCUUCCUCCCGCUGCUGCCAGCCGGGGUCGGCCUCCCUCCCGCUGGCCCUGCGUCUGCAUCGUCAUCACACUUUUUCUGUCGAGUGCCGCCGUUGCUUUGACAAGCCCUUCUCUCUGUUUUGUAGUCUCUCUUUUUUGCUGGGAAAAAAAGAUGUUUUUGAUAUUGCCUAGUUCUGAAGAGUAAAAUAUUUAAAGUCCACGCCA